CAGCCCGGGCCAAAGGUACAUUGGAAUUAUAGAAGCCAUGAAGUACGCCGUUGUGAUUGUCCUGACCCUUUUCGUGGCCAGCAGCUGGAGCCUGCCGGCCGAUGGCCCAGCCCAAAUGGACGCCCAGGUGCGCACCGUGGUGGACGAGGUGACUGAACUGGGCAAGUCCACUGGCGAGACCCUGCUGCACCAGUACGAGGAGAUUAUCGUUGAGCCCCACCACGAACUGGAGGAAGCCCUGGACCAGGUGGAAGCCCGUCGCGCUGAGAGCCCCGAGUGCGUUGCCGCCGAGGAUGAGGAAAUCGCCCGUAUCGUUGACGCCGCUCAUGAGGAACUGACCUCCUGUGGAGUCGUGGCUGCCAAGACUUCCGCUGACAUUGCCUCCGACGUGAGUUCCGCCACCCAGCAGCUGCUGUUCGGCGGCUAUAACCUGGGAAGCACUUACAACAAGUGCCAGUCGUACAAGAACUCGAUCCUCAAGCAGUCCUGCAUGGCCAAGUUCUAUGUCCAGGCCUCUGUUUACCUAAUCAACGCCCGUUCCUCCAUCAAAACCAUUCGCAAGUCCACCAGUGAGCGCAUUCCCGCCGUUUUCACCGAUGGAAACGUUUGCACCCACAGUGCCUCCAGCACUGCCGUAUUGGCUCUCCAGGAAGUUAACAACCACAUUGAUGCCUGCGUCGCUCAUCGUCGCUAAAUUUUCUAAUAAAAAAGUAUAGUGCAAAUUGAAA